AAAAAAAAAAAAAAAAAGAGAAACAAGUCAUCUUCAAAACAAAAACUCGCCUGCUUCUUCAAGCUGUGUGAUUGAGGUUUCUUCUCACUCACUCCAAUCCCACAAAAUCUCCAUCAACAUUUCAUACACCAACGCGAAAUUCAUCUUCAACAAUGGGAACACCAGGGGAAAAAGAAGAGAAAGUUUCUUUGGAUCUCAGUGAAGAAAUUCUUCUCAGUAUGGAAGUUGGAAUGUCCUUCAAAGAUUACAAUGGUAGAAUUAGUUCGAUGGAUUUUCAUAGGGCAUCAAGUUAUCUAGUUACUGCUAGUGAUGAUGAAUCAAUUCGUUUAUAUGACGUUGCUGCUGGAACAUCUUUGAAGACAAUUAACAGUAAGAAAUAUGGGGUUGAUUUGGUUUGCUUCACAUCUCAUCCUACAACUGUCAUUUACUCUUCUAAGAAUGGUUGGGAUGAAUCUUUGCGGCUUCUAUCAUUGCAUGAUAACAAGUACUUGAGAUAUUUCAAAGGUCAUCAUGACAGGGUUGUCUCACUUAGCUUGUGCCCUCGGAAAGAUUGCUUUAUAUCUGGAUCUUUAGAUCGAACUGUCUUACUAUGGGAUCAAAGGGCCGAGAAGUGCCAGGGACUGCUACAUGUACAAGGAAGGCCUGCUAUAUCAUAUGAUGAUCAAGGGCUUGUCUUUGCAAUAGCCUUUGGAGGAUACAUAAGAAUGUUUGAUGCAAGGAUGUAUGAAAAGGGUCCCUUUGAGCUAUUUUCUGUUGGGGGAGAUGUUUCUGAUGCGAAUGUUGUGAAGUUUAGUAAUGAUGGGAGACUCUUGCUUGUAACAACUACAGAUGGACAUAUCCAUGUUCUUGACUCAUUCCGUGGUACACUUUUAUUCGCAUAUAAUGUCACACCUGUCUCAUGCAACUCCACAUUAGAAGCUUCUUUCAGCCCUGAUGGAAUGUUUGUAAUAUCAAGUUCUGGGGACGGCAGCAUCUAUGCAUGGAGUGUUCGGAGUGGUAAAGAGGUUGCAAGUUGGAGAAGUGCAACAUCUGAUAUUGGACCUCCAGUUGUGAAGUGGGCUCCUGGGAGUCUUAUGUUUGCAACCGGGUCGUCUGAGUUGUCAUUUUGGGUUCCAGAUUUGUCUAAAAUAGGAGCCUUUGUUGGAAAAAAGUAGAAAACUUAACACAAUGAAAACUAUUGUUUACCGUUCAACCUACUGAAAGAUUAUAUUUUGUUAUUCCUACCGACAGACUUUGCCAUGCUUUUUAAAUAUUCUUCUCCAACAGGUAUUUCAGAGAGCCUCCUGAACUGUACAAUUUGAGAUAUAUGAAUGAGUAUUCAUGUUAGUUUUUGCCA